GCCACUCAAGCCAUAAAUCAAACCAGUUUAUUGAGCCAGCCAAAGCAAAAUUAUCAAUAUCAGACACAGCAGCAGCAGCAGCAAGCGAAACAACAUCAACGACAGCAGCAACUGCAGUAUGCACAACAACAACAACAACAAAAACAAAGACAAAGAAAACCAAAAGAAUUUGAAAUGGAAGAUGCCUAUUAUGAUGCGCGUGAAAUUAAUGGCUUGAGUGAGCUAACCAUAUCAGAAUAUGGGCAAAAACAAUUGCGGUUCAAUAAACAACAACAGCAACAGCGCCAACCACAAUCACAACAUCAGCAACAAUCACAGCAGAAUUCUUUGCUGACCACUCAUAAUUUACCAAAAAGUAGUUUUAGAGGCAACAUCAAAUACUCACAAAAUAAUGGCAAUACUUACUCGGAUGGUGGUAAUAAAUAUAGUAACAGCAAUAACAACAACAACAACAACCAUAAUUAUCAAUAUAAGAGCAAUAGCAGUAGUAGCAAUAAGAAUAAGAAUAACAUUGGCUAUAGCAUAUCAAAUCAAAUUGGUGGCACCAACGAUCGCAGCUUGAAUAGUCGAAAUCAUAGCAACAACAGCAAUAGCCACAGCCACAACAAUAAUGCACAGAGUAAGCAGAGUAGAAAUAAAAGCACAUCAACCAAUGCCAAUAAUCUGGAUAACGAUGAACUUAAAGACUACAAGAGUAAGAUCAAAAACAAAUACAACAUCGACUAUGACCAUUCGCUGGAUGAUGAGUAUGAAAUAAUCGAGGCCAUCGAAUAAAUGUGUCGCUGCAAACGUUAGCUUCGCUAAAUGAUGAACUUGAUGAUCUUGCUUUGACGAUGGGACGAUGUAACGAUGGCGUUGGUGCUAGCGAUUAUUGGCGUGUCGGUAGCAAUUUUCAGCUGUUCGGACCCUUCAUGCUCCCAGUGUUCUCAAUUAGCUUUGUUUGUUUUUUUACCUGGGUGGAUUAGCUGAUAAGUUUUUACUUGGAGUAGUUUUUCACACGAAAUUCUUAGUUUGUUUUAUUGUUUUUUAUAUUUUGUAUUUUUAUUGA